AUGCAGCCAAAUUCAAGAUUAGGAAUAUCGAACUGGCCAAACAAUCAAACAUGGAAGUCACCUUCCCAAAAACAAAAUUCACAGUCAUAUUUGAGCAAAUCUUCAAUGAAUUAUCCAAAUAAUCAAAUUUAUUCAACUCCUAUUAGUGCAGGUAUCAAACAACAAAACAAAAAUGCACAAAGUAUCAGUCCACAGCCAUACCUUCGUCAGAAUAUGAGAUAUACCUCUCAAAAUGUCAGACCACUCUCAAAUUCGACCCAAAAGCCACGCCAAGCGAAUUUUUACAACGCAUCAGGAUCUAAAAAUGGCAGCCCAUCUAGAAAUCGUCCUGAGCAUAGCGAUCCAAAGGAAAUUAUUUCGUUAAUUGAGAAAGCAAGGAAAAUUCUCACAGAAGCUUCCGCGAGUCUUCACAAUGAUGACCAAAUUAGUGAGAAGCCCAUGCUUCCUGCUGUUCCAAACAGCUCAAAGACCCGCGAAAUCAAAAUUCCAGAAAAUUCUGAUACUAGCUCAACGAUAAGCCAGAAAAUAUCAAUAGAAUUGAGUGAUUCCGACUUUGAAGAAGAAGAAAGCGAUUCUGACGAUGAUUUACAAGUAAAUUCUUAUACGAAGCCUUCUUACACUUCUCCGACAUACUCUCGUAAUCUUCUAAACCAGACAGAACAAAGAUACAGAAGACCAGCCAGAGAAAUGGUUCCAAGACCGAAUAUCGUCCAAAGAUCUUUAUCUCGACCAGCCAAUCAAGAAACUGCAUCCGAAACAGCUUAUUCAUACGCACCAUCGGAAUAUUCCGUUGCUUAUUCUACAGAAAACUCGAAUUAUACCUAUAAUUCCGCUUAUUCUGACAGAGACUACGAAACGAACAGCCAGUAUUACACGGAAGGACCACUUUACUCAGAAUCUCGGUCACAAAUUACAGAUUACGAUUAUUCUACAGCAGUAACAGAUUUCGGUACAGAGAAUGCUUCUACAUACGACUACUCUGUUUAUACUGAUAACCAGUCGUAUACAGAGUCUGUUCAAGCUGCAGAUACAAAAAAUUUUUAUUCAUCUCAGGAACAAGCACAAAACUAUUCUGAUGAUGAGUAUAACUAUUAUAGUGAUAACGAAUAUUAA